AUGACCAAGGAAGACGGAGUGGGGCACUCGAAUGUGGACGUUAGCAGCGACGACGCAACACGGCUCAAAGGGGAUUUGGUCUCAAAAAUAUCUGAAGUAAAUUCUUUGAAGGCGGCCAAAGGUAGUGUUCACUUUAAAAUCCUUGUGCCGUCAAUCGCUGCUGGUGCAAUCAUUGGUAAAGGAGGUGAAGCGAUCACUGAAAUUCAAAACCAAACGUCAGCUAAAGUGAAAAUGUCAAAAGCUAAUGCAUUCUAUCCUGGGACAACAGAGCGUGUAUGCUUAAUUGUUGGUACUAUUGAUAGCAUACUUCGUGUUUUUCAAUAUAUUUCUGAGAAAAUUUACGAAAAGCCAGAAUCUAUUCCAAGAACGGGUUGUGAAGGACGAUUACCUACAGAGAGGCAUAAACAGGUUAAAAUUUUAGUACCUAAUAGUACAGCUGGAAUGAUAAUCGGAAAAGGUGGCAGCUUCAUCAAGGAAUUAAAAGAUACAACUGGAGUAUUUAUUCAGGUAUCUCAGAAGUCUAAAGAGCUUAACUUAGCUGAAAGAUGUGUUACUGUGGCAGGUGAACUUUCUCAAACACGUGAAGCUAUCGCUUUAAUUUUAAGUAAAAUUGCUGAGGAUCCCCAAUCAUCUAGUUGUCCGAAUAUAUCCUACUCUGAAAUCAUUGGACCAGUUGCAAGUGCUUAUCCUACUGGUUCACCGUAUGCUUUAUCAGUUGGAUCACAUCCAGGAUUACCUGUAUGCGGUAUGAAUUUUAGUUCAGAUGUUCACUUUCGAACUGUAUCAAGUUCAAAUUCUACUUUUACAAGCGCACACAUUAAUUCUCUUUCACCUGUCAGCCCAACUACCUCAAAUCCAACUUCUGUAUCUAUGUUUAGUGGAAAUCCUUCUCCAAAUGUUGCUGCUGCUAUGGCGGCAAUGAAUGCAGUUGUUGGAUGUCCUCCAAAUGCUACCAGAUCGUCUUCAUCCACACUAAUGACUAACGGAGGUCGAGCAUUGAUGGGUCGAGGUGUUGCCAGCACACAUCAUCAAUCUAUUCCUCAUUCUCCGCAUAGUCUUUUAGGAUCUGUUGCUGCUCAUUAUGGAGCUAAAUUAUCUCCAACAUAUACUAAUACAACUGGAUGCGUCAUGUCUUCACCGAAUUCAAAUGGAAGUCUUGAAGGUAUACGCAAUGUGUUAAGAAGUGCUGGUUAUUCUGAUAUAGCUACAGAAGAAAUAGCCAAUGCUAUGGAUGUAUUAAGUUUGUAUGGAUUUAUAUCGAUGUCCAGUUUAACUGGAUGCAUUAAUACUUCAUCAAUUGUUAAUCCAUCUUCAAAUAAUCAUCAUCCUCAUCAUCUUACUAUGAAUUCGAAUGCAUUCAGUGGUUUAAGCAGAUCAUUCUCGAACUAUGAACCAAAUGGUGCUAGCAUUGGCGGUGGUGGUGGUGGUCAUCAGUCUCCAAUAUUUUCAAAUCACUUCUAUUCUAAUGAUCUUCCAUUAAACAAUUCACGAAAUCUUGGGACAGUUUCUCUUCAGAAUUGUACUACCACUACUACUAGUAGUAGUAGUAGUAGUGGUAGUAGUAGUACACAACCAUCUAAUCAUCAAAUGUAUAUGCAUAGACGAUCAUCAUUCUCUUCAUCAUCCUCUUCAUAUCAACCGCAUAUCAAUAAUCUGAAUUCACAUUCACGUGGAACACAUUUACCUAUUGCUACAACAUGUGGUGGUGGUGGUGGUGAUAACAAUAAUAAUCAUAUCACUACUAACAACAUUGAAGUCAUUCCAAUAUUAAUUCAAGAUAUGAAAGUACCAAAUCCCUCUGACACGAUAAUUUGCAAUUCACUUAUUCUAAAUGAUGAUAGUCAUAAGUUGGAUGUACCUACAGGUCUGUAUUCUUCAUUAUCAUCGAAUGAAAGACUCGAUUCAAAGACUUCUACACAAUCUACAGUUGUAGGCAUUCAUACUGUUUCAUCAUCAAUUGCCAAUAUGUCAAUUCAUAAACGGAAUGGUAUAACUGUAGAGAAUUCUGUCAAUACGGGUCUAAUACUUCAUCGGUUAUCAGAUGGGAAUAUUGACGAAGAGAGUGUUGAUCAAAAUAGUAUAACAUGUUGUCCUACAGUGUCUAUAAUCAAUGAUACUAGUCGAACGAAUAGUUUAUGGAAUCUAUGA